GCGAGUAACAAUUAAGAUAAGAGGAAGAAGAAGACGAACGUCCCACAGGAGAAAAUGGCGAAUGUGGUGGAGGCGACCACUCGGCAGCAGUUUGAAGAUUUUUUAGCCAAAGCUGGAAAAUGUCUGACUGUGGUGCACUUCCAGGCGGCGUGGGCGCCUCAGUGCGAACAGAUGAACGACGUGAUGGUGGAGCUGGCUAAAGAGUACCCGAGCAGCACGUUCGUGAAGCUGGAGGCCGAAGCUGUACCGGAGGUGUCGGAGAAGUACGAGAUCUCCGCCGUCCCCACCUUCCUGUUCUUCAAGGGAGGAGAGAAGGUGGACCGGCUGGACGGAGCCAACGUCCCGCAGUUCUCCAAGAAGGUUCGGGGGAUGGCGGUAAGCGGGACGGUGGAGGAGGCCGGCGGGCCCGCGGAUUUGAAUCAGCGCCUGAAGAAGCUGAUCAACGCGGCGCCCUGCAUGCUGUUCAUGAAGGGAGCUCCACAGGAGCCCCGCUGCGGCUUCAGCCGCCAGAUGGUGGCGCUGCUCAAGGAGCGAAACAUCCAGUUCAGCAGCUUUGACGUCCUGUCCGACGAGGAGGUGCGGCAGGGGCUGAAGACCUACUCCAACUGGCCCACCUACCCUCAGCUGUACGUCACUGGGGAGCUUGUGGGUGGCCUGGACAUCGUCAAGGAGCUGGCGGAGUCUGGGGAGCUGGAGAACACCUGUCCUAAGGCUGUCACCCUGGAGCACCGCCUGAAGACCCUCAUCAACCAGAGCCCGGUCAUGCUGUUCAUGAAGGGCAACAAGCAGGAGGCCAAGUGCGGCUUCAGCAGGCAGAUCCUGGAGGUCCUGAAUGCCACAGACGUGGAUUAUGACACCUUUGAUAUUCUGCAGGAUGAAGAGGUGCGCCAGGGCCUCAAGUCUUACUCCAACUGGCCAACCUACCCUCAGCUGUAUGUGAAAGGAGAACUGAUCGGGGGCCUGGACAUAGUGAAGGAGCUGAUGGAGAAUGGAGAACUGGCAUCAGUGCUGAGAGGACAGUCCUAGCUGUGGGAGCCAGUGUUUGGAGACCCCUUAUUCACUAGCACCUGGGUAGAUUGAUUUUCAGUCUCGUAAACAAGGCUGGAUAUGGUUUUUCUUCCAAAUGAUUGACCACUGUCAAUCGUUUCCUCACUCCAACUUGGUUAAAUCACUUUGUUGUCCAGCACUGUUCACUGGUUUUAGUUUAUCUGGUGUCCUUAUACCUUACUUCUUUUCCCCUGCAAGUAUUCAGAGCAUUGCACUGAUCAGGUUUACAUCUACUGAAAACUGUCGGUUUGUGCAGCAGCACACCUCUCAUGCUCUGUACUUUUAUUUACCUGCCAAGUAUGAAAAUUUGUCAUUUGAAACGACUUCAAACAAUAAUUCUGGAUUUGCAGAGCUAGAACUUUCAAUUCUAUUGGUCAAAAAUGUUAUUAAACAAUGAACAAAAGUAAUUUGA